ACCUGGGAAGCGUUCGAUUACUAGUCACUGCUGUCGCGUUGCCUUGAGAGUGCGCACUGCGUAACGUUUAUCGCGAUGUACCACAGGAAGUAUUCGCCGACGCGUUACACCUGUGUCGAAUCACCGUUGGCUGUGGAUGUUGUCGUUAAUAUUUCACCACUGUCACAUAGGAGGACAGUGGAUAAUAGUGUCGUAGAAGUGUCCUCUCCACCCAGGAUGCGCCAGUCAAAAGCCAAGGCUGUGAAAGCUAUCCGAAGCCAUCCUUCUCCUCCAAGCCGCAGUCUGGUGAGCAUCGAGGCUGUCUGGAGCGAGAAAAAAGCAGACUUGCCACUACCGAUUUUUGUCGUUCGGAAACCAGAGUCGGAGAGGACACCAGAGGUAAUGAAUCCCGGGGAAAACGGCGGCCCCUGCCGCGGCGGUAGGAAGAGGGGUUUCAAGCCCCCGGAUGUGAGGACUAUAUUCUCCCCCAGUGAGAGAGACCCACGGGUGAGAGAGGAGAAGGGUGAGGGACAUACCUUCUACCCAGAAGUUUCGGGCGCGUGGUGCGACGUGUGCUGCAAGUACAUUCUUCACUUUUCUCUGAUGUGUUCAGGGUGCAAGUACACGUGUCACCCAGAGUGUCGAGAGAACGUGUCGCUGGACUGUCACCCAGGCGCACCUGUUGCCGUGGACACCCCCCUCAGCCCCCUCAGCCAGGACCACCUGAAUAACAACACUCCGCCCAAUGAUGUGGAGAAGGAGAGGGAGUUGCGGUCCCAUUUCAGCAAAGAUGAGAUUCGACAGAAAGUGGAGCUUUACAACUUGUCCACAAAGGACCACCUGAAAAUGACCCUGAACCCCAGUGGCGUGUAUACAGGCUUCAUCAAGGUCCAGUUGGAGCUCAGGAGACCCAUCACCGUACAAGGUGGACGAGGAGGUGGCGGGGGAGGAACGGAGGCCUUCCAUCUCCCCCUGGGAUCCAUUAACACUCUUCAUAUCAGCUCCAUCAACACAGUACAACAGGUGAUCCAGGCCCUGUUGUGUAAAUUCACCGUAGCCGACAACCCUGCAAAAUUUGCCCUGUACAAACGCUGCCACAGGGAAGACCAAGUGUACAUGUGUAAGCUGUCUGAAGGAGAGCAUCCACUGUUCCUGCGUCUGCUGGCGGGUCCCAACACCGACUCGCUGGGGUUCGUCCUGAGAGAACAGCAGGCAGGAGAGGUUAUGUGGGAGGCUUUCUCCAUCACAGAGUUGACUAACUUCCUGAGGAUGCUGGAGAAAGAGGAGAUGGAGCGGGUGUGUUCCGUGAGGCGUCGCUACGACAACUACAGAGUGAAACUUCAGGAGGCCAUGAGGGAAGCCGGAGGUCCAGGGUAACACUGCAACAGCUAUGGAGGAGAGGGGGAGAAGGACCUGGGAGGCUCGGAAGCCAGUCUGAGGCACACUGGUCUGCCCAGACAGCCUAUUGGACAGCUGGGAGAAACUGCUACAUUGAACCCGUGGAACUGGACCUUGUGCGCAAUACCGUUGGUGGACACUAGAGGGCUGCGGUUCACUUAGCCUGGACUUCACUAAACAUUGAGGAGCUCAACGUUUGUACUGAGGCCUGUCCAGUCCUGUUCACUGUCCCCCCUCCCUCUAUAGUAACUGCAAAUUCUGUAGUGGCGUUUUAUUCUUUUAGAAUGACUAUUUUGAACAUGUGAAUGAUUCAGACCCAAAGCGUAUAUGAAUCAAUUUAUUUUUGACUUUAUUUAAUUUGGUGAAUGCAAUGGUUUGUACAUAUCUUGCCUAUUCUUUUUAAUUUAUGUGAGCAAAGCUUUAAUCCGCUGUAAUCUUUGCUGGUUUUACUGUGGCGGCAUCAGAGUGGUUGUACAGACUCACUGGACUUAACGCACUGAUGACUAAAUGGCAACAGAACGGCUGGCCUGGCAUAUCGUGAAGACGCAUUAGAAGUACUGAGGUGGACUAAAUGUAACAGAAACUGUAACAACAGAAGCUGCAAUCGGAGAUGCAGACCACAGGAUUUGAGUGGUGUUCUUCAACUGAAGGUUGUGAUGGUUUUGAAAAGAGAAACACAAUUGGUGCAGUUUUUCUACGGUCACAAGCUGUUAGCGUUUAGGGCAUGCGGUGGCUCAGCUUGGAACCAGACCGACUGCGAGUGGAGUUUGAGCUGAGAGCUCCCCUCUGACCUCUCGACAGAGACCAAUCAUGUCCGAGGAGGGGCUAAGGCUGUGAGAACUGGAUGAUUUCAGGAAGUUGACUAAUGGUUUUUGAGGAAGUAGAAAAGAGAUGUCAGAGAGUGAGGAAAGAGUUGUAAUUAACGUAAAGGUUUUUUUGCAGUUCUAUGUUGACAGAGACACUGUCCAAACCAAGGUCUAGUUCAGUGCCCAGUAUAAACAUGGUCUUUAUGCCAGUGCCAGACCUGUGGCCACGCUUAGCAUCUGUAGUGUAGGACAAUGGAUAUACAGUUCCUGGUCGAAUGCUAUUCAGUUAACUUGGCUACAUUAGUCCUUAUCUGCUGUAAAUCAGCCUUGCUUUGCACCGAGUCUGUGUGAACUCCAUGUGACCCCUGGAGCAGAGCUGACAUGCCUCAUGCUCUCUACCAAGGACACAUGGAUAUGCUAGCUGUCCAAAUGGGACGAGUCUGUUACUAUGAAGGUGAAUUCAGACGACCAUGGGUUCUGUCACCUAGACUCCUUCAGGAGGUAGACUGGGGUUCUGUUCUUGGGACAGACCGCACUGUGGCAGACAAUCAACCGCGUAGACGUAAACUAGUGAUUACAUUUGGGCCAUCUUCCCUCUGCGGUCUCAGAACACUGAGCACAAACACAGGAAAUGGACGAGUUUCGUAGCCUUGUUUAUUUGCUAGUACUAAAUGACGUGUUUUCCUCUGAUGGUACUGCAUUAGUUGCCACGUUUAUCGUUGUAGGAAACUAGUGGGGUGGUUAUACAGCCCCACCUUGUGGAUAAAUGCUGUCUGCAUUCUCCACCAGUCUCCCCUUUUUAAUAACUGUUGACCGAAAGCCUGUCGGCAAUAUGAUAUACUUUUGCUAUCUGUUUUCCUGUUUAAUAACCAAAGAUAUUAUAAAAUGUGUAGAUUUAUUUUAGGUUUUGCCUGGUGCAAGCUACUAAAGGAUUCAUAAUAAAUGAGGAAAAAUGAUAGAUGGAAUUUAUAGGGGUUGCACACUCAGAACUUAAUUUAUGUUUAAACACUGGGUUAAUAUAAUUAAAUAUGCUAAAAUAAUCUAUUACAUUUUAUCUAAAAGCCAUAUUUUUUGUUUUUUUGUUGCAUGGCCUGCUAAAUGGUGUGGCAAAGUGCUGUUCUAUUAACCGACACCAGGGGCUCUGUGUUAGCCUGAGGUCAGCACAGCUCAGGACUGGGCCUUUGAAUCUGAACAGGCCCUGUAUCCUCUCUUUCUGAGCGCUAAUCUAGGAUCUGUUCUGCCUUUUGCAUCAUCAUGAACAUGUUUAUUUGGACUGAUCCUUGAUCUGCACUGCAGAAAGACACAUACUGUGUGAAUAUGGUCACUGUAAAUAUCUACAGAGCUUUGAUCUUAAUAUCUACUGAAGCCUUUGGGCACUUAACCUUUUAAUUCAGGGAUUUGUCUUUUCCAUUAACCAGAUGCCUACAUUACAAAUUACAGUUCUACACUUGUUUCAUAAUUAGGCUUCAAACAAAGCAUGUUUGACUUUGCUGAAAGUAGUGUUUUGGAAAAUUGUAUGGCUACAAGCUUCUGUAUGGUGAUUUUUAGACUGUGAAAGUUGGUUUAUCUUAAGCUGUAGCAUGUUUUUGACAGCGCUGUCUGGUUGGUUUAUUUUGUAAGUCUGGCUAGUAGGAAUAGGACUGCUAAAGUAACCCAUAUACAGUAAAUAUCUAUAAAGCAUGCAUUGUGUACGCUAAUGCAUAUAGGCCAACCGUGUGGCUGGUGUGGAACCAUAUUGGCCAGUACUGCUGGAACAUCAGCUAGAUCACUAACUGGUGUUUGCCAAAUCAUUGGCCCUCCUCUCUCUAGCUAUGCUGUUCACACCUGUACUGUACUGGGCUCCUAUGCUGCCGUACUGUGGCUGGAGAGUAAGCUCUCUACCUGGAAUUGUUCUGGGUUCUGCUGACACAGUUUUAGUGAUGGUUCAGUCUCCAGAUAUGGAUCACAAAGCAUCUGUAGGUUCAGGAGGAAACAGGUUGAAACCGACAUGUUAUUAUGAAGAAAAUGUUAUUCUAUUUAUAUUGUUGAUGAUGCAGGUUUAUUUUUGUAGGUAACCUUUUCUUUUUGCAUUGUUGCCAAAUGUGGCCUUUACUUUGAAGGCCAGAGUUCAUCAAUUAAAGUUGAAAUUGUACAAAAAAAUA